GCUUUGCGGAAAGCGUGUCAUUCGCUCUAUCAGUGGAUCUGAUAUGACAAGGCCAGUUCACCAUACAACGUAGACCUGAUUAAAAUACGAACACUCGGCUGGCAACGAUCACACUGCCUAACAAUGGCCUCGGAUGGUGGGUGGCUCCGUGUUGUCGCCGUCUCAUGGCUCCUUGUGCUGUCUCACGGGCAGAGGAAGCUGUAUGUGAGGGACGGGGCUCUGGGUCUGGGUGGGGAGAAGGUGUAUCUGUCCGGGAUCAAUCAAGCAUGGGUCAAUUUCGCACAUGACUUCGGACAAGGGAACUACAAGAAGUCUCGACCCCACCUGAUGAAAACGUUGGACAGCGUUCACAACAAUGGAGGGAACUCGUUACGAAUGUGGCUCCACAUCGAUGGCUCGUCUACACCGAAUUUCAACAGCUCUGGCUAUGUGACUGGCCUUGACCGUGACCUCAUCAGUGAUCUCACCGAUUUCCUGAACGAGGCUUGGGAAAGAAACAUUCUCAUCAACUUGGUGUUAUGGAACUGCGCCGUUAAACCUGGGGACAGACUGAGCGGCCUUCUGUAUGACGACUCGAAGCUGCAGUCCUACAUAGAUUACGGGUUGAAGCCGCUUGUGAACGCCCUGAAGAACAAUUCGGCACUGGGGAUAUGGGAGAUCAUGAACGAACCGGAAGGAUGCGUGGACGUCGGCCACGCUUCCAGUGAGACGUGCUAUGACACCACGUCUCUCAACAUCCUGGACUUCGCUGAUUGGACGCACGCUAGCGUUCCAUUGCAGAGACUCCUGGCUUUCAUUGGACGCCAGGUGGCGGCCAUUCAUGCCGAAGACAAUGAGACUCUCGUCACAGUGGGGUCGUGGACAUACAAGUCGGUCACUAAUCAGUUCCAGAGACGCAAUUUCUACUCUGACCACUGUUUGCGGCUAGCCAGCGGUCAAAACAACAGUGGCCUUGACCUUUAUGAGAUACACACCUAUUCCACGUUCGGCGUUUAUUUGCCAGCAGAUCCCUUUAAGGUAUCGGCGACAAACUACACCUUGGACAAACCCGUCAUUAUCGGUGAGUUCAGUCAAAAGGAGGGAGCCGGACUGACCGCUGCCCAGCAGUUCAGCUGGGGCUAUCACCAUGGUUACAGCGGCACGUGGGGAUGGAGCGCCAGGGGAGGCGACUCGGCAGCUGAUACCCUGCUUGUACUUGAAACAGGCAUGCGCGAACUCCGAGGGCAAAACAACCAAUCAGCGGGAGGAAUGGUUAAUUUCGUAAUUCCAUCUCUCGACAGUGAUAGCUGGUAUAUGUAUCCAAUACGGUAUUUAUUGAUUUUGUAUUCAUUUUUGAUGAGUUAAUAAAGGUUUUGAAUUAA